GGCCGCCGCGGAGCCGCUCGCACUCCGGCCAGGUCGACCGUCCCAGCGCAGCUCCGCCGCCGCCGCCGCCGCCUCUUCCUCCUCCUCCUCCUCCUCGACGGACUUCUGGCAAGUGCCCCGCCGCCGCCAUGGACGCCAUCAAGAAGAAGAUGCAGAUGCUGAAGCUGGACAAGGAGAACGCGCUGGACCGCGCCGAGCAAGCCGAGGCCGACAAGAAGGCCGCCGAGGAGCGCAGCAAGCAGUUGGAAGAUGAGCUGGUGUCCCUGCAAAAGAAGCUGAAGAGCACCGAGGAUGAGCUGGACAAGUAUUCGGAGUCUCUGAAAGAUGCCCAGGAGAAGUUGGAGGUGGCCGAGAAGAAAGCUGCAGAUGCUGAGAGCGAUGUGCAAUCUCUGAACAGGCGCAUCCAGCUGGUGGAGGAGGAGCUGGAUCGCGCCCAGGAGCGCCUGACCACGGCCCUGCAGAAACUGGAGGAGGCUGAGAAGGCCGCUGACGAGAGCGAGAGAGGCAUGAAGGUCAUUGAGAGCAGAGCCCUGAAGGACGAGGAGAAGAUGGAGAUUCAGGAGAUCCAGCUGAAGGAGGCCAAGAACAUCGCUGAGGACGCCGACCGGAAGUACGAGGAGGUGGCCCGGAAGUUGGUGAUCAUCGAGAGCGACCUGGAGCGUGCGGAGGAGCGGGCCGAGCUCUCAGAAAGGUGCGCCUCCCUCCCUCCCUCCCUGGCUGCUGCUGCUGCUGCUGCUACUGGCCUUGCGCUGCCCGUGGAUGUGGUGGCUGCUCUGGUGCCCUGGCUGUGCGCCCCAGUGGACGGGGCUGCUCUGUGUCCGUCCCCCAUCCCCCACCCCCGUGCCUGUGUUUGCCUCUAUGUGUUUCGGGCCGUGUUGGG